AUGCUCGGCGUCACUGAAGUAGAAGGAGGAUUACACACUGAGCCUACCAUCACGGCCAGCAGUGAGCCGCUGGUCGAGUUGAAAAGGAAAAUCAAAUCAAAAGGAGAAGAGAACCCUCCCAAUUCCAUCACCGCAACAGCAGAGAAAGCCGAAGAGGGCCAAAAGUCUCUGAUCGGUAGGGACGCCAUAGGGCGUGCACGCGCAACAUUUAUUAACGACAUCCACAUCUGGCCACAGAGCGUGCUGGACUUUGACCUGCAGUCAUUCAAGAAGAUAGCCUCGCUCCUAUGGCUUGCCGAGGAGCGUCUCGACAAGCUCUACCACCCUGCGCGCAACAUUUCGAAGAACCCUUCUGCUUGUCCCUCUGAAUUUCCUCGAAGUUGA